GUGAAGCUUCAGCCGAGCGACCCGCCCCCGCCUCUCCGAACCAGCGUAGACUCGCUGCUAACCGCCGGGCCGGAGCCGCUGUCCACCGCGCUCCACAAAGGGAGCAGCUUUCAUUACAACAGUAACUCGCUAGCUUUGGUAAAGAUAUCAGAAUGGCGAUCGACAUAGCUGACUCGCAGUACCUCCUCAUCCUUGCACCGUCGCUGGUUAUCGCCCUCAUGUUCCUCUUCUUCUGGCUCUUCAUGAAGGAGACGUCCUACGACGAAGUUCUGGCCCGCCAGAAAAGAGACCUGAAGCUGCCGCCCAUUAAGACAGACGCCCGCAAAAAGAGCGAGAAAAAGAAGAACAAGAAAAAAGAGAGUGGUGGGAGUGGAGGAGGAGAGUCUGAGGAAGAUCUGCGAGACUUUGAUGUAUCCGAUGCCACUACACCGGCCUCAAAUGACGAAGAGUCUGAAGUGCCUGUGUCCCCACCUGUGGUCACCCCUGUCCAAGCAGAGCCUCCAGCAGUAGUGAGGGAGAGGAAGAAGAAGGAGAAGAAGGCAAAGGCUGCUAACACAGCUGCUUCUUCUCCUCCUGCACAUCCUCCUCCUGCCACCUCGGAGGAGCCGGAAGUCAACGGCUCAAAGUCUGCUGCUGGGCGUAAGGAGCACACCCUCCCCCUUAGCAAGCAGCCGAGCCCUCCGCAGCCACAAGCCACACCCCCAGCUUCAACAGAGACAGCGGGCAGAAAAAAAGCCAAGAAGCAGAAGAGUGAAACUGAAGAGCAUCCAGCUGAGGUAAAGCCAGACCAGUCUCCUGUUGUGGUAAAGAAGGAAGAGCCUGUUCUGGUUGAGCAUAAACAGCAGGAUGGAGCUGCCCCUGCAACUGUCUCGCCUGUGGCUGUUCCUGCUGCCUCCGCUGGCAGUGGCCGGAGAAAGAGCAAGAAGCAGAAAACGGAGGCAGUUGUCACUGUUGAUGAGGCUCAUCUCCUGUCUUCUGCUCCUGUGAUCCACGCUGACUCUGCCUCUCCAGCAAAUCACCAGAGCAGCCAGAAUGAUGAGGCACCUGCUCCAGCUCACACCUCCACUAAACAUGGAAAGAAACAGAAGAACGAAACUGACAAAGAGAAUUCAGGGGUGAAGUUGAAAGAGCUGAUGGCCAGUCUGGGAGGGCUGGUGUUGUCCGAUGCUGAUGUUGUGUCUGUGGUCUCAAUGCUCCGGGAUAAGAGUCCUAAUGCCCUGGAUACUUGGUAUAAGUCUGCAGCGAAGUUUGAACCCUCAGCUCAGCAGCUGGCAGAGAAAGAGCGUCUUCUGAACACUUUGCAGGAAGAGGCCUCCAUCGCUAAAGAGAAAGUCAAACAGCUCAGCCAGGAGCUGCAGGCAGAGAAGCAGAAGAGUGGUCGUGCGGAGGCUGUGCUGCGGGAACAGCGGGUUGCUAUGGAGAAAGAGAUACAAGCCAAAGCCCAGGGCAGCUACCAGGAGCUUCAGGGCAUGCAGAUGAAGUUUCAGAAACUGAGGGAACAGUUGGAGGGACAAAUUUCCAGACUGCAGCAAGAAAAUGGCAUCCUCAGAGAUGCUGUUAGCUCUGCCACCAACCAGAUGGAGACCAAGCAAUCAGCUGAACUGAACAAACUACGCUCAGAGUAUGCAGGCCUGAUGAAGGAGCUGGCUGAGACCAAUAACAAACUACAGCAAGAGGAGCUUCAAAGGAAGAGCCUGGAGGUUAACUACAAGCAGAAUGUGUCCCAGCUAGAGGCACAGUUACAGGAUGCUAAGCGUCGCUGGGAGGAACUGCAGAGCUAUUUGCACAGUGUUAGUACUGAGAGAGAGAAACUACAGACUGCUAAACAAGAACUACAGAGUCAGCUGCUGGCAGUGGAAACAGAAAUGAGCAAUAAGAACAAAGAGAUCCAGACCCUCCACAGCAGUCUAACAGACACCAUGGUGUCCAAGGAGCAGGUGGAGCAGAAGGUCAUGCAGCUGCUAGAGGUUUCUCAGCACAGCUUGCAGCCUGACGACUCUCUGCAGGCUCAAGUGCAGGACCUUUUGAAUGAGAACAAAACACUCCAAGUUCAAAUUGAGAGUCUUAAGGCUCAGGUCACUUCUCAGGCUAACACAGUUUCUCAUUUUGAAGAGCUUCAAAAACUGCUGGCUGAGAAGGAGCUCCAGAGAAAGAGUCUGGAAGAUUCUCUCAAUGCAGAGAGGAGCAGUGGCGCCAGCAGGGAGACCAACAUGCAGGCCAUUCACAAUGAAAACUUCGCUCUGAAGGCUGAACUACAGAAUCUGCAGGCACAGAUUUCUGAACAGGCCUCCUCCCAGUUGGCAGUGGAUCAGCUCAAGCAAAGCCUUAAAGAGAGAGAGGAGAAGUUUAAGACAGUGGAGGCACUGCUUGAGGCGGGCCUUAUUGAGGUGGCCAAUAAGGAAGGGGAACUUAAGACAGUAAGGGAAGAGAGUGAAUCUCUGAAGCGGCACGUUGAGGCCUUGCAGCAACAGACGGCAGAGCAGAAGCAGUCUGGCACAACACUAGAGGAGCUGCAGAGGCAGAUUAAUGAGAAGAAUGAGAAGAUUAGAUUGGUUGAAGAAAGUUUACAGUCUGCACUGGAGAAAGAAUCAGCAAGAGUGAAAGCUAUUGAGAUUCUGGAGAGACAGCUGGAGACUCUCGCAACUGAACUGUCUGCAGUGAAAAGCAGGGAAACUCAGGAAAACUCUACCGCCAGCUCUCAGCUUCUGGAGUUCCAGACUUUAUUAGCUACUAAAGAUCAGGAGCUUCAGAGACUGCAGGAGGUCAUUGAGAAGAUGACCAGAGAAGCAGAAGAGAAGAUUGAGCAGCAGCAACAGCAGAUGGCAUCAGUUGUUUCCAGUCAGGAGUUGUUGGCAGCGAUGUCAGAAAAGGACAAGCAGCUGUCUAACGUUCAGGCUGAGCUGCAAGAACUGAGGGAGGCAGUGGAGCUUCACAGGAGGAAGAAUAAUGAGCUUCGGGAGAAAAACUGGAGCGCUAUGGAGGCGCUGUCAGCCACCGAGACCAUGCUUCAGGGAAAACUCAGCAAGAACGUCAAGGAGAGCCAGACAGCACUGGAGUCUGCUGAGGCUGAAUGUCGAGCAGUAUUGCACAGACUCCUCCCACACGUUCCUGUGCCCAACGAACAGAAUCAUAAGAAGUGGUUGCAGAACUUUGAAAGCUCUGUAAAGGAGACUUCACUGCGAGAAUCUGCUGCUCCUGUAGAGGAUGGUGAUGCCAAGAGUUUGACAGAGAAGUUAAAGGAAGCUGAGGAGGCUCAGAAAGUUCUACAGAAAGACUGUGAAACAUACAAGAAAGUUUUAGCUGAGACGGAGGGUAUUCUACAGCGACUCCAGAGCAGCGUAGAACAGGAGGAGUGCCGCUGGAAGGAGAAGCUGGAUCAGGCCCAGAGUGAUCUAAGAGAGAUGACCCUGAAGGUGACUGUGUUGGAACAGGAAGUGGAUAGACAAGGCGCAGAUGGAGAAGUGGAGAGUUUGAGAAGAGAUAAGGAGCACCUAGAGUCUGAACUGGAGAGAGCAGAGCGUGAGAGCGCCACCUAUGUGUCGGAGGUCAGAGAGCUCAAAGAUCUCUUGACUGAAUUACAAAGCAAACUCGAUGGCUCAUAUACAGAGGCUGUCAGGCAGAAUGAAGAGCUGAAUUUGCUGAAGACGCAGCUGACUGAGACCUUGGGCAAGCUGGAGACGGAAGAAAGUGAACGGCAGAAAGUGGCUGGAGAUCUUUACAAGGCCCAGCAGUCUUUGGAGCUAAUUCAGGAGGAAAUCUUAAAGGAGACUGGCCAGAGUGACCUGAUUCAGAACAGUAACCUUACCAUGCAAACGGAGGAGAUUGAUCGUAAGGAAAAGAUGACUGCAGGGCUAAACCAGACAGUACGAGAACUACAGGAAUUACUACAGGCCGUAAACAGACAGCUCACCAAAGGGCAAGAGAGGGACAAUGGGGAUAAGUAACUGAAAGAAAAAUAGAAGGUGGUGUCAGUGUGUCUUCUAAUGGCCAGUCCUAUUCUCCACGCCCCAGAUUAACCCUGUCACACUCUGGCCCCUUCCUGUUUCCCUUCAUACCAGAUCUGACUCCCCAAACCCACAGCACCUGCAACCUGUCAUGUAAGUGGUAGACCAUCUCUCCUCCCUUCAAGACCAAUCCCUGCUGGGGAGAGAAUGGGGAGGGGCUGAAACCUGGCAGUAAAUCCACUCCAAGAACCAAUCAAACCGGAUCCUUUCUCAUGAUGGUGUCAGCUCCUCUGCAAUGGCAUUCCACAUUUCCUGUAGAGUUUCCAGAGCAAAGGCAUCCGAAUACACGGUUAAGAUGCGUUCUGAGUUUAUUUAAUUUUUACCUGUUUUGAGUCAGAACACUUUUAAUACUACUAUUUUCUGUUAGCUCAUCUUGACAGGAGGGGUUAAUUAAUCCUUUCGUAAAAAUGGCAUUUGAGGAUAUUUAUGUUUUAAAGACUAAGAUAACUGUUAGGAUCUACUGACACUCACUACAUUGUUUCCAGCUUGUGUCCUGCAAUGUAUGUACAUUAAACAUACAAAUGACCAAAUACACUCCUUUACACACACUUGAGUUUUCUGAAUGUUCUAUGGUAUUUGUUUUUCAGAGUAUCUAUUGUAGGUAAGAGCUGUUAUUGACUGAAGCAGGUGGUUUAAGUCUGUUCUGUGCUUUCUCACUGCUAGCACUGGAGGUCAAUGGCUCUGAGCUAUGGUUUCUUCUACUGUAACUACUUCUAAAUGAAAGAGGAGGGGAAAAGAGAGGCAUCUCAAGUCUAAUCUAUACACACACUAUGCUGUUGCUAAUUUCAUUAACAAAGACAAUUUAAUUUUUUUGUAAAACAGGUGGACCGUUAUUAAAAGGGAUGCUUAAUAAAUA